GUAUAAAAACUUAACGAUUUGUUUUCCAGACUCUUCUGGCAAAGAUUUCGGGCCUACGCUGGGAUUGAAGAAGUCCAGUUCUCUUGAGAGCCUUCAGACUGCUGUGGCUGAAGUUAGGAAGAACGAACUCCCUUUUCACAGACCCAGGCCCCACGUGGUCCGGGGUCGAGGGUGUAAUGAGAGUUUCCGUGCUGCCAUUGACAAGUCGUACGAUGGACCUGAAGAUGGAGAAGAGGAUGGUUUCUCUGAUAAGAGCUCUCACUCUGGUCAAGAAGCUCAGAAUAUGGAAUCUGCCCCUCCAGGGAACCCUGAAAUAGAAGAUGCAGAAACCAAAGCAAAAAAAGACAAAAAAAACAGAGAUAAAGAGAAGAAAAAGGAAAAAGGCAAAUCUAAAAUCAAGGAGAAGAAAAGGAAAGAAGAAAAUGAAGAUCCAGAAAAGAAAAAGAAGAAAGGGUUUGGUGUCAUGUUGAGAUUUGGCAAGAAAAAAGAAGAUAAAAGUGGAAAAACAGAUCAGAAGGGGAAUCCAAAACAAGCCAUGCUUAAAGAGGAGGAGCUGGAGAAAAUGAAAGAUGAACGUGAAAGGAUUGGUGCAAAACAUCAGGAGUUACGGCAAAAGCAACUGAGAGGCCUGAGCGAUUAUUCCACUGGGUCUGCAGGACCUGACAUUGAUGAUGAUGAGGUGGAUCCAAAUUAUGCCAGAGUAAACCACUUCCGAGAGGCUUACCCAGCAGCAGGCAGCUACAGGCCAUCAUCACCAGCAGUAGCAGAAACCUUUGUAUAUCCACGGGAUUCUCCUUCAACACCAAUGGAGAGGGAGCACUUGGAAGGACUGUAUGCAAAAAUAAAUAAGCAGCACUACCCACAGACUUCUGGUGACAGUGGGUACGCAGGUGGCGGGAAUGCUGAUCGUAUCCAGAAGUUACGGAAGGAGUACCAUCAGGCCAGGCGAGAAGGCUUACCUUUCUAUGAGGACGACGAAGGAAGAACACAGCCAUCUGAUUAUGACCAGCAUUGGGUGCCUGGAAAAGGUCCAGAUGGGAGCUCAUACAAUCUCCACUUCGAGGGGAUGGAAAGGCAGUACGCGUCCUUACCCAGGCGUGGACCUGCAGAGCCACUGGAAUAUUUAACAGGACCACGAGUAAUAUACAAAGAGAGAGAUCUUCCCUACUACCAAGGAGGACAGCCUGCUGUCCACCCAUCCAAGGGGAACUACAUCCGUGCACCGGACAUAAGAGUGGCAGAACUGAGGUACCCCCAGUACUACUCAGCCCAGCCCAUCACAAACCAGCAUAAAGGACCCCUCCGGCAGGAUGUGCCACCUUCCCCUCCGCAGUCCCACCGAGCACCAGCUUAUAAUGAAAUUGUCCGACACCGUGGGACCAGUCCGGACCAGUACCAGUACAGGCAACAGGAUCCCAGGCAGAAGAACCCCAUGACUGCAGCUGUAUAG